UUUGGAUUUGGCUUCACACCACUCCCAACACAUCAAAAGCAGAACAUAAUUUGCAGAAAACAAACACAUUUUUGCAUCUCGUUGUCCUAGCUAAAUAGGAAAGAACUACCCUCAACUGGUUGUCUAAGUGUUAAUUAAAAGUACAAAAACAUGACCUGCGGACACUAGGCCCUCCAUGGAAUCCGUUUGACACCCCUGCUCUACAAAUCGGUACAAGGAAGGAGCGAAAACCCGCAGACACUCGGCCUUCCUAACUGGACUUUACCGGACAGGUCUUGCUCUCUCGGUUUUGUGACGAAACAAAGGUGCAUUACCGUCGGUGACUGAAGUGUGGACCUCCCAUCUUUCAAUAACCCAUGUGGGUAAAGGCUCGUAAUGACCAAUGAGUAGCUUGAAGAGGUGGGACAUGCAGUGUGUCAAAUGGCUAAAAUGGAACCAAGUUCUAUUUUAGCGCCUGGCUAUGAAGUCUGAAUUCACGCUCAUUUCUGGAAGGGGAUAUCAGCAGGUGUGCGCAGACUUCACAAAUGGUAUUAAGUCUUAAAAUGAACUUCAUCGACCCUGGAGUUGCUCUGUAUGUGGGAUGCAAGUUGCAACUUCCUCCACAAGAGGGCAGAUCAUGUUCAUUUAUGGUGGGAAGCCCACUGGAGUGCUGUGUGGAGAACCCUCGGCCCCACUGAGGAGAUGUGCUGCCCAGUCGUCCUCCAACAACCACGAAGACUCCAACGCCGGGAAUGGAGACAAUGACAUGGGAAAUGCUGAUAACGCUGUUGAGGUCGUUCCCACCCCAGAGCAGAGGGAUGAGGCUCCCCAGCCAUCCGGAGGGGCUUCCCAGCCCGCCGCAGGGGCUUCCCAGCCAGCCGCAGGGAUGACGUCAGGCCGCAGGAACCCCCCAGGGGGCAAGUCCAGCCUCAUCCUGGGUUGAGGUCCUUCUCUUUCUCAGAACUCCGCCGUCCUUUCUUCUUUUUUUAAAAGAAGAAUCUCCACCUGUUCAUCUGAGUCCAGGAAUUUCGUCCCGUCCUCUUCUCCCUCCCCGAGUCUAUUGUUUUGGUACGUUUUUUUGUUGACAGAAGCACUUUAUGUACCUGAUCCAAGCCCCUGGCAUCUGUAGUGCUGUAGUCACAGGCCUGCUGGGUAAAGGGCAUGAGGUUUAAGUUGUCCCUCACUCCAUCUGGUGUCAUUGGUAAAAGUUCUGAUGCGCAAUCAAUAAGGUUUUGAAAAACACAAAUGAAUAUGAAGUUGUUGCUUUUGCACCGUGUUUAUUGAAUGGCAAACUGCAUGCACGCCUGGUUUGUUCCAAGUCCGACUCAUCCAAAACAUUUUGGUGAAGCCUUUGUUAACAAAAUAUAUAAUAAUACAUUUUAAAAAAAGGGAGGGGGAGGUAAGUUAUACUGUGAAUGUUUUUUAUUUUAAGGUUAUGCUGGACUAAAUUGAGUCAUUAUUAAUUAAUUGGAGGGGUACAUGAUCUAGUGUUGCAUGAAGUUCGGGACCUAAACCUUUCUAUGGAAACUAAAAUCCACACGGGAUCCAAGCUGUCAAAUCAAACCCUGGCGUUAUUUCUGAAGACUAAAUUCAGUGAAUAUGUCCAGAAAAUGGGCUUAUGUCAUGAAAUGGAAAAAUAAGAUAGAAUUUUUGUAUUGUGUUUGUGGUCGGUCCUUACAUGUCAGUUUUAACUUCAGUGCCAGGUUUGAGUGGUUUUUAUGAUCUUUUUUUAAAGGGGGAAACUUCCUCAACAGGUUAAAGUAUGCCUGUUUAUGUGUGGUACUCCAUCUGAUAGAAUGACAAGUGACCUUAUGACAGCUCUGCCUAGUUCUCGUUUUGCAUAUUUAUUAUUAUUUUUUUAAUUCUCGAUGUUGGACACAAUUUGGUACGUUAAGCAAAUUGUCCAGAGUUCUUGUUCAAACUUCUGUCACUGUCUCUUACAGGUCUGAUGCCUAUUUUACUGUCUGCCUUGUACAGGAAAACCUGUGGUUCAAUGUAUGUAUUUACCCACACACGGUUCAAUUUUGCUCAAACGUAAUUUGAAUGAAAUUGCACACAUGGCUUUAGUGAAUUCAUGUUGAAGUGCUGUUCUGCAGAUGUUGAAUGGUCAGCUGGGCUACAUGACCGUUACUUGUUCAUCCAAAUUCAUGCAGGUUUGUUUAUCACUGUAAAAGUCGCAAUGAAUAUUGGCACAAAUUAAAAGUCUUUUUUGACCAUA